GAGAGCGGCGUAACGACCGAGGCAGCAUUUUAAACUUGUAGCUGAGACUGUUGUCAAAAGGCAGGACGGGGGUACGCGCUGCCACCACGGAGGGACGCGUCCGGCGACUAGUUUCAUGUUUUUUUAAAAAAAGCUUAAGAUUCGCAUGCUUUGCAAUUUGAUGCUUGAGUAACGUUCGCGUUUCAAAGGUGUUUUACGGUAGUUUUGAUUUGAAUUCACGAGUGUAUGGGAGCAAACUAGCUUCCAGGACUAAACUAACGUUAGUAACAAUAGUGCAACCUUUUUUUUUUUAAAUUAUUAUUAUAACAUAUUUUAAAGAAGAGCACUUUAAUCCAACAUGAGUGCAGCUAUCGCGAAGCCGACGAACCCGUCGGCACAUGUCGACCCGAAAUCAGCUCCUCUGAAAGAAAUCCCAGACGUCCUGGUUGACCCACGCACCAUGAGAAGAUACGCCCGGGGACGAUUCCUCGGGAAAGGUGGCUUCGCCAAAUGCUACGAGAUCACAGACCUCGAAACGAAGCAGGUCUUCGCCGGAAAAAUCGUGCCCAAGUCGCUGAUCCUGAAGCAGCACCAGAGGGAGAAGAUGACCUCUGAAAUAGCCAUUCACAAGAGUCUCAACCACGCCAACGUCGUCGGGUUUCACGGCUUCUUCGAGGACGACGACUUCGUCUUUGUCGUCCUGGAAAUCUGCAGGAGAAGGUCUUUGCUGGAGCUGCACAAGCGUCGUAAGGCUGUGACUGAGCCCGAGGCUCGCUACUACAUGACACAGCUGCUCAAGGGUGUCCAGUACCUGCACAACAACAGAGUCAUCCACAGAGACUUGAAACUGGGAAACAUCUUCCUUAACGAUGACAUGGAGGUCAAAAUAGGGGACUUUGGUUUGGCCACCAAGAUCGAGUUUGACGGCGAGAGGAAGAAGACCCUGUGUGGAACGCCCAACUACAUUGCGCCUGAAGUGCUGUGCAAGAAGGGCCACAGCUAUGAAGUGGACGUCUGGUCACUUGGGUGCAUAUUGUACACUUUGUUGGUGGGUAAACCUCCAUUCGAGACCUCCUGUCUGAAGGAAACCUACAACCGGAUCAAGAAAAACAACUACACUGUGCCCUGGCACAUCAACCCGGCAGCGUCCGCCCUCAUCAAGCGAAUGCUGCAUGCUGAUCCAGCCCAGAGGCCCACCAUCGGUGAACUGCAAGCUGACGAGUUCUUCACAUCCGGCUACAUCCCCCUACGCCUGCCCACUACUUGCCUCACUGUGCCUCCGAGGUUCUCCAUCGCCCCCUCCACAGCUAUGGAGCACAACCAGAGACGCCCACUGACUGCUAUUAACAACAAAGCAGGGACAGAGAAGGUGGACUUGAAAGACGAGCCUGUGCAAAGGGACUCCGAGCCUGCAGAGAACAACCUGAAAGACAUGCUGCAUCAGCUCAACAGUAUCAUUGCUGCCAAGCCCUCGGAGAAGGCCGUCAUCUGUCAAGAAGAGGCAGAGGAUCCUGCAUGUAUUCCCAUCUUCUGGAUCAGCAAAUGGGUUGACUACUCUGACAAAUAUGGACUGGGGUACCAGCUCUGUGACAACAGUGUCGGGGUGCUGUUCAACGAUUACACGCGUCUGAUCAUGUACGCUGACGGAGACAGUCUGCAGUACAUCGACAAGACGGCAGCUGAAUCCUACCUCAGCGUGCGCUCCUACCCUGCAACUCUCAACAAGAAGAUAACAUUGCUGAAAUAUUUCCGCAAUUACAUGAGCGAGCACCUGCUGAAGGCCGGCGCGAACAUUGCACGGCGGGAAGGAGACGAGCUGGCACGACUGCCUUACCUCUCCCUCUGGUUCAGAACCAAGAGCGCAAUCGUCCUGCACCUUACCAACGGCACCGUUCAGAUCAACUUCUUCCAGGACCACACCAAGCUGAUCCUGUGUCCACUGAUGGGUGCAGUGACCUACAUCGACGAGAAGCGAGACUUCCGCACCUACAAGCUGUCUCUGCUGGAGGAGUUCGGCUGCAGUAAGGAGCUUGCCAGCCGCAUCCGCUACGCCAAGCUCAUGGUGGAGAAACUGCUGGACAGCAAGCCUUCCCCCGCUGCACAUUAGACCACCUUCACACCUUCUAUCACUCUGUCUUUAAUCACUGGUCACUUCUUCCUGUCUGCCGGCCUCUGAGGUCGGUGACAGACCCUUUUUGAAUUCACCUGUGUUUUAUUGAAGGGUCCCGGUCUGAUGAAUUUUGUCAUCUUUGAGGAUUUGACCUGUACCAUAAAAAUUUCUCUUAUAUAUUGUACAUGAAUGUUGAAUUUCAGGCUCUCAGCCAGUGGUUUUUAUACGUUUUCCUGCUGAAGCUCUAUCUUUAACUUUCUUCUUGAAGCUUGUUCCCGCUGAAGUAAUCCAAGAUGGCUGGAACGCUUAACCACACAGCGGCUGAGUUGACCCCGUGCAAACAAUAGGAGGGAAAGAUGAAUGUUAAGCGUUCGUUACCUGGGUUUUUAAAUUCAUCUUGAGGUUCCUCAAUGAUUCUCUCCGCUUGUUUGCAUUUGUCCUUGUGUCAGUCGUGCUUUUAAACAUGAAGCAGUGUGGACAAACGUGGGGUGGGGCUUGAGACUCGGACUGGCUGUAUGGACGGGGAGGAAAAGCUUUUCUGGUCUGCUUCUCUAGUUUGUCUGUUUCUGUGUUGUAUGUAGAGAAAUGGACCGUGUUAAUACGUCUUCAUCAUGUACAUUCUUUCUGUAGUUACUUUUUACACUUUUUAAAUCUAUUUUUUAGAUGUCUUGUCUUUACCAACAAGAUGUACAAACGUGUACAUACUGCUGAAUAUGCAUACAUGUUGUAAAGAUGGUUUAAUUUUACUCCAUUCAAAUAAAGAUUCUCUUGAACAUA